UAACCUCCAAUUCGAAUGGACAUCGCUUCCGGUUUAAUCUGCGCUAUAUCCUUUCAGUUCCGGUUCAUCAGUGAGUGCAUGCAGUGUGAAUUUGUUUUGGAGGAGGGAAGUGUCUCAUCUGGUUGUGACAUGUUAGACCAGACGCCUCACAGGACAUGUGACACACCCAGUCACAGGAGCUGAAACUAUAACACACACACACACACACUGGGACAGAUGGCUGUGAUGGAGAAGAUGACACGUGCCAGUAGUGGUGGGAUGAUCAGUGGUCGUACGAUGUUUUGUCACCUGGAUGCCCCGGCCAAUGCCAUCAGUGUGUGUCGGGACGCCACACAGGUGGUGGUUGCGGGCCGGAACAUCUUUAAGAUCUUUGCUCUGGAGGACGAGGGCUUUGUGGAGCGGCUGAACCUGCGUGUGGGGAGGAAACCCUCUCUGAACUUCAGCUGUGCGGACGUCAUGUGGCACCAGAUGGAGGAGAACCUUUUGGCCACGGCCGCCACCAACGGCGCCGUGGUCACCUGGAACCUGGGCCGGCCCUGUCGCAACAAACAGGAGCAGCUGUUCACAGAGCACAAGCGCACGGUAAACAAAGUGUGUUUCCACCCCACGGAGGUGCACAUGCUACUGUCCGGAUCACAGGACGGCUACAUGAAGUGUUUCGACCUGCGGAAGAAAGAGUCGGUCAGCACCUUCUCAGGUCAGUCGGAGAGUGUGAGAGACGUCCAGUUCAGUAUGAAAGAUUAUUUUACCUUCGCCGCCUCCUUCGAGAACGGGAAUGUUCAGCUGUGGGACAUUCGCCGGCCCGACCGCUACGAGAGAAUGUUCACGGCACACACAGGACCCGUCUUCUGCUGUGACUGGCACCCCGAGGACAGGGGCUGGCUGGCGACAGGCGGUCGUGAUAAAAUGGUGAAAGUUUGGGACAUGACGACUAAUCGGGCCAAAGAGAUUUUCUGUGUUCAGACCAUCGCGUCGGUGGCCCGUGUGAAGUGGCGGCCGGAGAGGAAGUGGCACCUGGCCACCUGCUCCAUGAUGGUCGACCACAACAUCUACGUGUGGGACGUGCGCCGGCCGUACAUCCCCUUCGCCACGUUCGAAGAGCACAAAGACGUCACCACGGGAAUCGUCUGGCGCCACCAGCACGACCCGGACUUCCUCCUGUCGGGUUCCAAGGACAGCACGCUCUACCAGCACAUGUUUAAAGACGCCAGUCGACCCGUGGACCGCGCCAACCCCGAGGGGCUGUGUUUCGGGCUGUUCGGCGACUUGGCGUUUGCGGCUAAAGAGAGCCUGAUGUCGGGCGAGGUGGGGAGAAAACCGUACGCGGGCGGAGACAGACGCUACCCCAUCUUCUUCUUUAAGAAGCCGGACGUGACGGAGCAGUUUGCGCAGGUGUCCAGCGCUCUGAGCGUGUUUGAGACGGCGCCGGGCGGAGCGCCCAUGGACUGGUUCAUUAAGACAGCCCGACGCUACUUACUGAGCGGGCGACCCUUCGCCGAACUCUGUGAGCACAACGCCAAAGUCGCCAAGGACCUCAACAGACCACAGGUAUCGACCACGUGGACCAUGCUGAGGAUCAUGUUUUCAGAUCCCGCCAAUCCAAGCUCAUCAUCCAAUCACAACCUGAGUAAACUGGGGAACCUCCCCCUAAUGAACAGUUUUAGUAUGAAGGAGAUGAGCUCUGCUUUGACUGAGAGAAACAAAGAGAACAGACAGGACAACAUCCACAACCUGGACUCCAACCUGAACACUACAGAGGAUAAUGAGGAGACUGAGGGCAGUGAGGGACAGGCUGAGUAUUUGUUUGGAGAUGCAGAGCUGGACGACGAUGAUCUUUACUCCAUGGAACAUGAAAACCAGGCGGCGGAGGAGGCGGAGUUUUCCCUCCCUCAGGAGGCGUUCCCACUGCGUCAUGAGAUAGUGGACCACCCCUCAGCUCCGGAGCCGCUGACAGAAAAACCGGAAUCUCCUCACGUGAGCGGGAGUGAGGCGGAGGCGACGUGUCUGACGCCCAUGGAAUCUUUCAGCCUCAUUUCUGUCUCCUCUUCCCUCCUCUUCCCGCCGCACCUCCCUCCCGCCUUCUUCAGCCCGGUCGUCAUCGCUAUGCUGCGUUACUAUGCAGAGCAGGGCGACGUCCAAAUGGCUGUGUCUGUUCUCAUCGUCCUUGGCGACCGAAUCCGCAGAGAGAUCGACGAGCUGACACAGGAGCACUGGUACAUGUCUUACAUUGACCUGCUGCAGAGGUUUGAGUUGUGGAAUGUGUCUAAUGAGGUGAUUAAACUGAGCACGUGCGGAGCCAUUAGCUGUCUGAACCAGGCCUCCACCACCCUCCACAUCAACUGCAGCAACUGCAAACGGCCAAUGAACAACCGCGGCUGGAUCUGUGACAGGUGUCACCAGUGUGCGAGUGUGUGUGCUGUGUGCCACCACGUGGUGAAGGGGGUGUUCGUUUGGUGCCAGGGCUGCAGUCACGGCGGGCACCUGACUCACAUCAUGGACUGGCUCAGGAACUCCACAUACUGCCCAGCCGCCUGUGGCCAUCAGUGUGAAUACACCUGACACACACACACACAC